UCGUGCUCAAGGUGGAUCGUGCUAUAACUGAAACGGCACUUCGACCACAGACUUAUAUAAAAUACAGUAUUUCAUAGAACUCUGUGAUUUCGACAGAUACCGCUACCGCGAAUGUUUAAAUUUUCGGAAAUCCAAUUUUCAUUUCUCGCAUUAUUGGCGUUUUUAAAUUUAACAACACCUUAAAUCUUUUUCGAAUAUUCUUAUUUGGUCUUGAAACUUUAUGCCAAAAUAAGAUUAGUGAUGAUUGUUGACUGAACGUAUACUUAUUACCUCGGUGAUGGACAGUAAUACUAUCGAUGUCAAACUUGAAGUCGACGACGACCAAGGAUCGGUGAAGAAUUUCGAGUCUACAAAUAAAAUCAGUCAUGAUUCUGUUGUGACUUGUGGUAAAUGCAAAAAACAAAUGUUAUAUCAGGAGUAUGAAAAACAUCGUCAGAUUCAUUAUGACCUCUGUUGGAUUGCGGGUGUAGAAGAUGAAAUUGAUUUCACAAAUACGUCAAAAAUUCAAGAAAUAUUAAAGAAAACUACAAAGAAUUCUAAAACAAAGUCAAAAUUUAUAUGUGAAUGGUGUGAUGCUGUUAAAAUGACAAUUUCUGGAUUUGCCAACCAUCUAAUAAAAUGUAAACAAAAUCCUGUUUUGAAUGUAAAUAAUACAAUUUUGAAUGAAACUGAUGUUAAUCUCAGUACAUCAUCUAUUACUCAUGAUAAUGCAACUAUGGUAUCAUGUGGUCGUUGUGGAGAAAGUAUGACAUAUGAAGAAUACAAAAGUAAACAUAGACAUAUUCACUAUAAUUUAUGUUGGAUAGAAGGAGAAGAAAAAAUAGACUACUUAAACGAGAACAAAUUGGUUAUAUUACUUCGUGAAAUCUUAACAAACUCUACUGCUAAAAAAAAGUUUAUAUGUGAAUGGUGUAAAGAUUUAAAAAAAAGUGUGGUAGGCUUUGCUUCUCAUGUAAAAAAAUGUGCAAUUGAGCAAAAGCAUGUACUUCAACAUCCUAAUGAGACUGAUUCUCCCCAGCCUAUGGAUGAAGAUAGAUAUGAAGAAGAAUCAAAUAAUAAAAACAAUUCCAUGGUAAUUUGUGGCUGUUGUAAUAAAAGUAUGACAUUCAAGGAGUAUGAAGGUACACAUAGUGCGACACAUAACAAUCUAUGCUGGAUAACUGGUGAUGAAAAACCAGAUUUUGAUGAUGAGAAUGUUGUACAAUAUUUACUACGACAAAAAUUACCAAAAUAUGCUGCACGCCAAAAAAAAGUUAAAUUUAUUUGUGAAUGGUGUCAGAUAGAAAAAAAAAGUGUACCUGGUUUUGCUAGUCAUGUUAAACGAUGUCAAUCUAGACCGGAUAAACAGGGACUGUUUAACGAAACAGAAGAUAGAAAUGAUAUAACUAAAAAAUCUGUUAAAGAAAUUACAAAAGAAAGGGACGAUUCAAUGGUGAUUUGUGGCCGUUGUAAAGAAAAAAUGACUCUUAAUGAAUAUCGUACUAAUCAUUAUUCUAAACAUUAUAAUUUAUGUUGGAUUGAUGGUGAAGUAAUACUAGAUUUAGAAAACUAUGAUACCGUAUUAAAUAAAUUGAAACAAUUCAUACCUUUUAGUGCUGUUCGUAAACGGUCAGUUAAGUUGUGUUGUGAAGAUUGUAAAACUAUUAAGAAAAGUAUUUCAGGAUUUGCUAGUCAUGUAAUAUUUUGCAAUAAAACUCCUAAUGACAUAACACAAUUAUUAAUAAGAUGUGAAGACUGUGGAAAUAAAAUUAAACCGUCAUCAUUAAUAACUCACAAACAAAAAAAUUGUAAAGGUGUGAAUAAUAUAGAAAAUGGUAAUGACUACACCCUAAAUGAAAAUUCUAAAAGAGAUUAUAAAUUGCGGCGUAAAAAACGGCCCCCAAAUGUGAUAAGUUUACAUCCAGAUACUAAAUAUAUUACUGAAUAUUAUGAUUUUAUGUGUCGUUUGUGUAAUUUUAUUACAAUUAGUGUCAAUGACAUAAUUGAUCAUAUUUUGAAGGUUCAUGAUAUUGUUUUAAACAAUAAAAAAAAAGAUAGUUUAGACAAUUAUACAAUUAAUAAAUAUGAAGUACACAGAAAUAUAUACUUAAAGCCUUUAUUAAAUUAUUAUAAUUUUUUCACAAAAACAUUUUGGAAGGAUGUUUGUCACAAAGACUUUAAAUCUGAUGUUUUGCUCUUAAAAAAUGAUGAAGCACUGAAGUAUAUACCAUCUAUUCAACAAUCUUGCAAAAUAUUAAAUUCAGAUAAUGAACAUAUGUGUGUUGAUCUUUUCAAAUCUGUUUAUGUUAAUGGUAUGCAUUGGCUGUUUACUGGUGGUCCUAAUUGGGCCAUGUCAUGGUGUCCUCUCCCAAAAGAGGUACAAACACAGUAUUUAGCAAUAUCAUGUCAUCCUAAACCAGAUCUGGAACAUAAAGAGAUGAACAUUUACAAAUAUCCAUCUCUUGUGCAGUUAUGGGCAUUUGAUUCAUUAAAGAAUAUUAUUAAUGAAUCCGUUUCUUUUACGCCACAUAUGUCUUAUGGUAUAGCUCAUGAAUAUGGUGCUGUAUGGGAUAUGGCAUGGUGUCCUUCUGGAGCUUAUGAACCUCCACAAAAAAUGGGAUUGUUGGCAUUAAGUACAUCUUGUGGAGAUUGUCCUGUGUUUGCUAUGCCUUUUGUGGAUGAAAAUUCUGAAAUGUCUUCUAUUUAUUUGGCCAAGCAUAUAGUAGCGAGAAAUUUUGAAUGUGAAUGGAUUGAAGGUGGUGUACAAUGUACAAAAGUUUGUUGGCAGACUGUUUCACCAUUCAAAACUCUUAUUUGUGGAUAUUCAAAUGGUGUUGUAAGUGUGUUCCACAUAAAUUUUAAAUCAAUAUUCUUAAAUAAUGAUAUUCUUUAUCCGUGUCAUACUUUCAUAGCAAGUAGAAGUAGUAUAACAGGUCUUUCCGUGAAUUAUUUUAAUACUUCAAUUUUGGCUACUUCAGCAACUGAUGGUAAUGUAACUUUAUGGGAUUUAAAGUCUACUGAAAAUCCAAUCUUUCAAAAGAAAUCUUAUUGUCCAUCUGAUUGUACUUGGCUUCAACAGUGUUACACAUUGGUGUAUUGUAGUAAAGUUGUAAACCCUGUAUUCUCAAAAGUUCGGACUAUUAAUUUUUCAAACUGUGAUGAUGACGUUGAAGGUUAUAAUCCCGAGUUAUAUGUUUUAAAAAGUGUAAUUAAUAAAAAUAAAAUACUCGGUAACUGUGAUCUUAUAAAAAAUGAUGAAAAAAUAAAUUGUGAUGAUACUAAUGAAAAAAAAACUUCUCGUGAAUCCAAUAUAAGUAGUGAUGACGAAUCAUAUAAAUCCGUUGAUUCAAGUACUUAUAGUGAUCAAGAUAAAUCGAAUAAUGUAGGAAAAUCUGGAGACGUACCAAAAAACAUUGAUGAGGAAGAUUUUUAUGGUCCUGCUUUUUAUCAAAAGAGUACUCAUUGGUCUGUUUCUACUUCGGAUUGGAUGAAUGUUAUAGCAACUGGAAAUGAAAAUGGAGUUAUCUAUAAAAAACUGUUUCUAUCAGAAACUAAUAAUAUAAGAAAGGGAAACUCUACAACACUUCAAUUGAUGGUAAAAAAAUUGUCUAAUGAUAAUACUCAAUCAGAGUAUUCUGAUGGUUACCGUUUUAAAGAAACAGUAAAAAAAUUUGGACUUGAAUCCAAACUUUUUUUCAAUGAAAGUGAAUUGAACAAUCAAGAUGACAGCAAACCUUUGUUAAGAUAUCCUCUUGAUAAUAUAACCAAGGUAUCUUGGAAUCAAAAUUUUAAUUCUUUUCGUUGGUUGGCUAUUGGAACUCAAAGUGGUUUUACUCUUGUAUCACCAUCUCAAGCAAUACCCGAUAGUUGUAUUGAUUCAUUUUAUAAAAUAGUUUUUACCCCCAUGGAUAACUUUGACGAUACGACUGAUAUAUCUAUGUAAUUUUUUCUAAACUAAAUCUUUAUUUUAAUGAUUUAUUACUAAGAAAUACCUUUUUCAAUAUUUAUUUUUUAUU